UUAUGUGGCGAGAAUGUGUUUGGCUUGCGAAUGAAUUGUGGCGUCGUGGGCUGAUGGCCGGCACGAGCCUCUCUCACGUGAUCCAAUCGACGGUCCUAGAAUUGCCCAGAACCACCCGCCACGUCAGAAUCUCCGCCAAGAGCCACCGCGUCUCCGCCACCUCUGACCAACGCCCCGCGGGACCCUACUGCAUCUACGUUGGCCCCCUCGAAACCGCCAACAAAGAGAACCUCGAAGCCCUUUAUUGCCAAGCACGGGAUGCUUAUUAUAGUGGUCAACCUCUGAUAGUUGAUGACAUGUUUGAUAGAGUAGAGUUAAGGCUAAGAUGGUUUGGUUCAAAGUCAGUUGUAAAGUAUCCUCGGUGCAGUAUUAGGAGGCAAUCCACAUUUGCUGAUGCUGAGGAAGAUCUGUCUAUGGUUUUUGCAUUAGCAAGCACAUGGGCCAUGUUCCUUGCAUUUGGCAGUUUAGCCUGUGUUGGUCCCGUAUCAUACACUGUUGGCAUGGCUUAUCAAAAUGCAUUCGAUUCAGGCUUAUCACUUGGUAGCCAAACACCUGGACUAGGGUUUCUGGCCGUGGUGAACAGCCUUAUUUUCGUUGGGCUGGGUUUUGUGAUCGGCUACCCUGUUGCUUCAGCUUCAGCUAAGGUGCUUCAAGGCCUUUGGAGGAAUGACUUGGUGGCACUAAAAGGUGCAUGUCCAAAUUGUGGAGAAGAGGUAUUUGCAUUUGUGAGAAUGGACAGGAAUAUUGAGUCACCUCACAGAGCAGAUUGUCAUGUGUGUGAAUGCAUAUUAGAAUUUCGCACAAAAGUUGAGCAAUCAGUCUCAAGAUUUGGUAGACAGUGGGUUUAUGGGCGUAUUUAUCUUGUUUCAUUAAGAGGCAGAUCCCGACGUAAAUAACAGCUGUGAAUUUUCUUCCGAUUUGUUUGUGUGUGUAUAUAGUAAGGAUCAGAGUAUCAUCAAAUUCCUUCCUUAUUCUUAUUUUUAGUCUGGAACAGUUUUGCCUGAAACCGAUUUAAAAUACUUAUCAUAAGGAAGAAGUUGACAUGUUAAUUAAUGGACAACUGAUUUCUUUUGUUUGAUUGUGUGUCAGUGUUAUGCAAGAUUGAGUAUUGAAUUCUCAUGUAAAGCAGAAUCCCAAUUAUCAUGUAUACAAGAUGAGCUCUGUAUUUUUUUUAUAAUGUUUUUUGUAUCUUGUAGAAACACUUGUGAUCAAAUAUGAAAUGUCAGAAACAGAGUUAUAUUCCCA